AUGGACACAUCGAAUAUGAACUCAUUCAUGCAAUAUUCAUUCAGUAAUCCAUCCUAUUCUAGACCUAAAUCUGGAUACCAUCAGCAUUUGCUUCACCAUUCUUUGGAUCAGCAUCAAGGUUUCCAGCUGACCAGCGACAAAGUCCACUCGGGCCACUCCGCUCCCCAAGUUCCCAGCAGUGUGUCGAGAGGUUCAAGGCAGUAUAGUGUGGAUGCACGCUUGCACGUGAGCUCUGACGGUGGAGGACCAAAUGAGACAACAGGACAAGCCCAGCAUCAUCAACAAGCCCCUCAUCACGAGCAUCAACAGACAAAUAAUGGCUACUAUCAUCACCUUCAUGACACACAAACUGGAUUAUUGUCUUCCUAUCAUAACGGAGGUAUUGUCAAUAACGGGGCCUAUUUGGAGCAGGCCUGCACCACAAACGCUGACUACAUCACAACGACAUGCCCUGACAACACCAUCCAACCUCAAUAUUUAAUGGACGAGCCAGUAACAUCGACUUACUAUCAUCAGUCAACAUUGUGUACCUCGGCCCCCACCGUCGGUCCAAGCUAUGGGACCCUAGCCGCGGCCUAUUGUGGGCCUCAGGGCGCCCUGGUCGGUUCCCAUUACCCGCCUCAGGUUAGCUCGGGUCCCGACGCCGCGGGCUACUUGGGACUCGCACACGGGGGAGGAUAUGGAGAGCUACCUGUAUCUGUGGAAAGAGAGAGAGAGGACGAGGACACUCAGCAAGCCGGACGAGGACAAACAUUUGACUGGAUGAAGGUGAAGAGGAAUCCACCUAAAACAGUUAAAGUGUCGGACUUCGGCCUGGCUGGUGCCAACAACACCCUACGCACCAACUUCACAACACGGCAGCUCACAGAAUUGGAAAAAGAGUUCCAUUUUAGCAAGUAUUUGACGCGGGCACGGCGAGUGGAAGUCGCCGCCACACUCGAUCUUAACGAGACGCAGGUGAAGAUCUGGUUCCAGAACAGGCGCAUGAAGCAGAAAAAGCGCGAGAAGGAAGGCACGUCCACGCCGGUGCGUCCAUCCUCUUCGGGUUCGUUUAACACCAGCAGUGGAUUCAUCAAGGAACUGGAGGAAACGGACCAAUCCUCUGCAUCCACCUCACCAGACGCUUCUCCACACUCCCGAGUAGAUGCAGCAAAUGCACCAAUGCUCAAUCGGAGGUGA